AAAGUUAAGAUAAAUGAAAACCUAGUCAAAAACAAAACUCAUAAAUAAGCUAAAAAAAAACAAUCCAAUUAAACGUAAAGCUCUUUUAAAUCCAACAAUCUUUGUUCAUAACCAAAUAAAUAAUUUCCCAAACUUACUUUAGGAAAAAAACAUGUUAUUAAUUUAAAAAAAAAAGAAGCAUUCAUCUUCUUGUUCUCCUCUUGCGCAGAGCUUUGCCCACCGAGAGGGAAAAAAAAACCCCUCUCCAAGCUGAUGGUCUCUCCAAGAUUACCCUAUCAGGUGCAAACCGCUGACAUGUUUCCACCCACCAACAACAAAAAAGCCUCUCUGUGCCCAAAUCUCCAGCCGCAGACGCACAAACACCACUGACAGGCACUGACUGCUGCGCCAUCAUCAGCCUCCCAAAACCUCUCUGCUGCGAUUUCUACACUACUUUCUUUUUUUUAAAAACACAACUCUUUUGUUUGCCUGGAUAAGUUUGUCUACAGACUUUUUUUUUUUUGGUGGAAGGGCGUUUUAUUAUUCUUUAACUUUUGUUUUUCCAACCGCAGCACUUGGUAGAAUAAAAAAUGACCCAUGCAAGGUGUAGAGAUCUGCAGGUAUACGGACGGAGUUGAGGAGCUUGUGAUCUGUGGAGCAGCAGGAUUGUGCGCAAAAAACUCGAAGGAUAUUUUUUUUGAGCGAGGGGAUUUUUCUUUUUUUGGAGAAUUCUGAAGCCUUUCCACGCUUGGCACCGAUUUACGGAGACGUAAAUUGCAGGAUUUCGAUGAUCGGAGGAGACUGAGAAAAAAAUAAUAAUAAUAUUCUUAUGGAUAAUUCCCCUCCACCACCCCCCCAACAAGGAAACACCUAAUGUUGCACUCCGUGACUCUGCUGCUGCUGUUCUCCAGUGAUCUAUCCUUACACUGGGAUUCAGUCUCCUACUUACCACCGGAGGAGUUGUGUGCGUAAAAAGGACGCGCAAAAGAGGAGCGAAAAGCAAAAAGAGAGAGAGGGAGGCGAUUUCGCCAACCUUUCCUGGUGGGGCUCUAAAUCUGUGGAAGCAGGUGUAUUUCUGCAAGUCAAGAUGUCUGUGCUGCCUUCGAGGUUCAUAUACCUGUGUUUACAUUUACUGGUACUCUAUUUCCAGCUACAGGAAUCCCAGCAGACGUCUCCCGAUUUCAGGUUUUACAUCGAGAAUCACACGAGGAACCCGGACGACCUGAGCCGGAAGCAGGUCCGGAUCUAUCAGCUCUACAGCAGGACCACGGGGAAACACGUUCAGAUCUUGGGGAAGAAAGUCAACGCCAACGGAGAUGAUGGGGGCAAGUAUGCUCUUCUUGUUGUCGAGACAGAAACGUUCGGGAGCCACAUUCGAAUAAAAGGAAAAGAGAGCGAGCAUUACAUCUGCAUGAACGAGAAGGGCAAAAUAGUCGGAAGGCCCGAUGGAAGGAAGCAGGAGUGCGUCUUUGUCGAGGAAUUCCUAGAGAACAACUACACGGCUCUCGUGUCGGCCAAGUACAAAGGAUGGUACCUCGGCUUCAACAGGAAGGGGCGGCCCAAGAAAGGCUCGCGGACCACGCAGAGGCAACAGGAAGUCCACUUCAUGAAGCGCCAGCCGAAGGGCAGGCCGGACCCGCUGGAAGAGUUUCGUUUCACCACAGUAACUAAGCGGACACGAAGGGCUCGGCGAUUAAAACCCAACCCCAAGAGGAACUGAUGGGACCAAUAAUGGGACAGCACUAAUUUUCCUCAGAGGGGGGAAAAAAAAACUGAAAAUCUCAAGCUUCUUGUCUUAAAAGAAUCACCUUAAAGACUUCACUUCUGUAAAAGAAAGACGGACAAAAAGAACAAAAAAAAAAAAGUCAAAGAUGUUUUAUUUUUGUAUUUCAGGAUGACUGAAUAUUUCCUAACUCUUGGAUUCUUCUGGGUUGAUGUCAUUGUGCUAACGUGUCUGUCAUGUUAUUUAUACUGGAUAAACUAAAGGACCUCUGAGAGAAUUCCUGUCGCCGGCGUCCUCGGCUACGUUUGAACUGCAGGCUGAAGGCGUACUUUCUUUUUGACAAUGGGGGCUGAAGCAGGAGCUGACGCAAUGUUAUAAAAAUCAGCCAACUAGAGAUUUAUUGGAAUACCUGUCGGUUUUUGUUUGUGUUGCCCCUGACAACGCGGAUCCCAUACUUUCCACUGGAAUCAGACACCAUGGAGAUGAAACGGAGAGAGGUGGCAGUCGCAGGUGACACUGUGCUGCCGGGAUAACUGUGUAGCUUUGAGUGCAAUAUUUUACAGGUCUCUCUCUUUCUCUUCCUCUCUUCUUUUUUUUUUUUUUUUUUCCAUAUGUCUCUCAACCUCAGCGGCUCCUGGAAUGCGCUGAACCCUCCGAGUGCUGUGUGUGAUUUCCUUGACAUUUCCAUGCAGCCUGUGAUUCAGCUAAAACACGACAUGCUUUGACUAGUCGGGCACCAGCCGUCGCUUUAGUCUUGUUUAAACACCUAAAAAGAAAACAAUACAAAACAAAAAUAUUACAGCUGAUGUGAUUCAUGAUUCCACGAAGUCUUCCAACUUCAUCACAUUUGGGAGACGGAUGUUAAUCCCUCUCGCCUCCCCUUGGAUUCACUUUUGAACAGCUCUUCCUCACACGUGUUCCAGUAAAAGGGUGAUUCUUUGAGUGUGAGAUAGCUAAUAUUUUGGGGCUGGUGAUGAAGACUUCCUCUACCUCCUUGUUCUUUUUUGUUUAUCUUCACCUAGUCUGAGUGUCUGUGUUCAGUUAAUCUCAAGAACCUCUCCGUCGACGCUGAGCCGAACUGAGCUCUUGUGUUUUUUUUUCUCUCUAUUCCAAAAUCAUCUUUUGACUGUGAGCUCAUCUUCGCUCCUUUCACUCUCACUGGAUGAAAGUCUCAAAGAUGCUUCUGGGGAAAGCUUAUCCCCGUGCUUGUUUUGUCAGAUCAGUGAUCCGCAGAUGGUAAUACUGUAGCUCUGACCACCCCUGAUCACUUCGUAAAUCCACAUUUUGACAAUUAAGACUUCUCCCCAGAACCCCAGAUGGACCAACUUGUCCAGGAACAUUUCCAGCGACAUGUGGUUGAAUCGGAAUCGUAAAGGGAAAAGUCUGUGCUUCAAUCAUUCCUUCUCUCACUGACGACAGCCUCUUUUCACCAGUAGUAUGUAUUCACCUGUCCGCUGGCAGGUUUUUGUAUGAGUUGCUACUAACAACAUGACACAUUUAUGAUUUUUUUUUUUUUUAAACAAAUGUAAGCAAAAAUAAUUUUAUGACUAUUAUUAAGAUAUUUAUUGCCUCCCUUUGUAAAUAAAAUGUGAUGAGUUUUAUUUGGCCUCUGUUAAUAAAAUGAGGACU